AUUGCAAUGAAAGAUACAACUAACAGUCGUUAUACUCGUAAUGUACAAUUGUACACUAUUAACUACUAAUAAGUAAUCUGUGAAUAAUACCAAGAUCAAGAAUAACAUGAUUGGCAACGAUAGGUAUUUCAAGUCUUAUUUCGAAAAAUAUUUGAAAACAACUGUGACGUCAUUUAAUUUUGUAAUAUCGCAAAGAAUUGAUAUAAAAUAUCUUACAAAAUUUUAAAAUGGGUGGAUCAGUAAGUUCUGGUCGAGAUAACAAUGAGUUGAUAGACAAUUUAGUGAGUGGAAAUUACAUACGUUCUCCAGGGGUAGAAAAAGUGUUUCGAGCUUUGGAUCGAGGUGAUUACAUGACACCAGAGGCCAAACGGCAAGCUUACAAGGAUUUAGCUUGGCGCGAUGGCCUACUUCAUAUGUCAUCACCAUGUAUCUACAGUGAGGUGAUGGAGGGAUUGGAGUUAAGACCUGGCCUCUCUUUCCUAAACAUCGGAUCUGGGACAGGAUACCUAAGCACCUUAGCUGGGCUUAUCUUAGGAACUUCAGGCAUCAGUCAUGGUGUUGAAAUUCAUCCCUCAACUGUGGAUUAUGCUACAAAUAAGUUACAACAAUUUAUUAAAAAAUCACCAAGUCUAGAUUACUUUGACUUUUGUGAACCUAAGUUCUUUGUUGGUAAUGGGCUUAAUUUAGCACCCUUGCAGAGUGGAUAUGAUCGGGUUUACUGUGGUGCUGGGUGCCCAGAGAAAUAUCUUAAUUAUAUUAGAUACUUGCUCAAGGUAGGUGGAAUACUUAUUGUUCCUAUUAACGACACAUUACAGCAAGUGAAGAGAGUCUCGGAAACAAAGUGGGUCAGUAGCAGCUUAAUGAAUGUUUCAUUUUCAACGCUAAGAGCACCUACCGAUGAGGAUGCCAGAGAACUUUUUAAAUUGGUCGAUAUAGAACCACCUCGGCUGGUGAUGUUGGCCCGGGCGCGUAUUCGUAAAGCUCUGCGAGACAGCGCACUGGAGCGCAGACCCGAGCUGCGGGAGAAGACGUGGCGCCGCCCCCAUCGCCGCACACAGGAACCGAGAAGAGUCAUCAUACCCAUCGAGGCCACGCCCGACAACGAAAAUUUAAACGUCCUUCACGACUUGGAUGCCGAGAGUGGGGCGAAUGAAAUGAAUGCGCUCCUCAGGCUCGUCAUUACUAUGGGGGAGGACAGAUUGCCCGGACCCGUGCGUUUCGGCAGCGACAGAGGAACCGGGUACGUAUAUCGCCACAAUCGAGACUCCGAUUCCUCGGACGACGACGACGACGACUCGGAUGGCUCUACCGAAACUGUCGAACCCACCACGGAGACGAACGAUCAAAGCGUAGAAAACGAAGACGACACCGGCACAUCCUCGAGUCAAGAGUCAAAAGAAGAUUCUGAAGAUGCUACUCAUAAGACUGACACAAAAGACAAAGCCAAUAAUAAAGAAAGUGAAGAUGAAAAGGUUGGUAGCAAUGAUGAAAUCGAUACCGAUCCUCUGAGCGAUAGUUCCUCCGUAGAUGAUUCCAGAGCUAAGAAUAAGCGACAAAGGGUGACGAAGACGAUCGUCCAGGUGACGGGGCUUGGUAAGAAUCCAUUCCAGACCGUGGGAAUUAUGACAGCUACGGCGACGGAUUUCGAAGACGAACAUAGAAAAGAGUGCGAGGUCGGCAGCAGUGACUCUGACGAUGAUGAGAAGCCUGCCGGGACCCACUACACUUGCGCUGAAGACACUUCCCAGGAGGCCGGACCCUCGACUGACAUGGAGUGGCAGGACCUCAAGCAUCCCGGGGAGGAAUGUAAUGGAGUGCACAAAUGCAAGGCUAAGAGGCAGAAGCUGGACAGCGGCAUCGGGGAGAACUCCGGCAGCGCCGAAGAGGCCACGCGGAGCGACAGCGGCUCGGACUCGGACAGCUGGACCAGGCUCAACAUCUCUUGCUCUGGUGUCGCAGAUCGCGACGACGAUUCGUCCCUGGAGGAAGACGAGGCGUCGGCGGAGAGGCGCGCCCGACGCAAGUCCGCGGAGGCUCGGCGCCGAGAGAUGGCGCUCACCGUGAAGCAGGCCGUGGCCUCUCUGCCGCUGCCGCAUCCGCUGAAGAUGUUCGUGAACUGGGGGCGCUCCUACCAGUUCUAAAGGCGGACCGGUGUCUUCGUGUCUAUAAUCCGAAAGGAGUUUCGAUGUUGUUUUCACUUAUGGAAUAGAAGUUAUUAAAAAAAUGUUGAACGUUAAGCGAUUGUAAAUUUAACCAGAAAAAGAAUAAUAAUAAGUCUUAGGCGUUUUGUACAUCACAAACUCGUAAUAGAUUCGCUUUUCGUGUAGUUUUUGUGUGGAUUCGGGCAUUUUGUUCGUUAGAUGUCAGGCGGACGGCGUACGCACGUGUUAAUCCUCUCUCCGAAAACAACACUGCGCCAUUUAAAAAUAGGUAAAUAUGUUAAAGGGCUAGAGAUAUUGAGACUUUUUAUUUUAAUUGAUACAGUGUUUUAUAUGCGUUUUAAGACUGCGGGUGUCGAUGAAGUAACAUUAGAGUGUGAUUACAAUGUACGAAAGAUGUUUGAAUUCUAGUCGAUUUACUUCUCGGUUGAGGGUUGGAGACGAAUGCAAAAUAUAUGUGAUGUAUUUGCAUUUGCGAAAAACCUAUUUCAAAUAUUACUUUAAUCAUUUAACAAAUAAGUAAUAAAUGGAUUGUUUUAAGCUCGAUGUUGGUCAUUUAUGACGUCCUAUAGUAAUGUCUGCCGCGUAUAUUUCGUCUAAGCGAAACAAAUGUCGAGCGUUGAUCCUUAAUUGAAAAUUGAAAUGCAAAAGGGUCAAAGAUCAUUUGUUUUAUUCGCACUUUAAAUAUGUAUAACUUUGUUGAUGGUACCUUUGUUUUAUAUCUUACUAAUAUUAAUUCUAUGUAAUCAGCGUUCUAAUAAAUAAUUAUUCUUAAAA